AUGUCGGACACAAUUCGCAUAUCUCGUAUAGUAUGCGACUUUUUGAUCCUGGCUUGUUGCGCGAUCCCAUUGCUGAUUUUUCACGUAUGGGUGAAACCGUACAAACGAGGUUUCUAUUGUGACGAUGAGACCAUUCGGUAUCCUUACCGAGACUCGACCGUUUCUAGACAAAUGUUGAUCGUCAUUGGCUUGCUUAUACCAACAAUUUUGAUAAUCGCCACUGAAAUUUUCCGAACGAUGGCUUGGGAGAGGAAAUGCGAGUCACAGUUUAAAACCUACCAUUUGAAACAAUAUUCUGUUCAUCGCCUCGUUGUUCGUCUGUAUUGCUUCAUCGGGUACUUUUUCCUUGGCGUUUGCUUCAAUCAGCUGAUGGUUGACAUCGCAAAAUACACUAUUGGACGUCAGAGACCUCAUUUUAUGGACGUCUGUCGUCCAAAUAUAGGUUACGCUGAGUGCAAAAAUCCUGACUUGUACAUAACGAACUUCACAUGCACAGGAGGCAAUGAGAAACUUAUUCUUGAGUCACAGCUCUCCUUUUACUCUGGUCACUCGGCCUUCAGUUUCUAUGGAGCAUGGUUCACAUCUCUCUAUCUGCAAGCUCGCCUCUACCGCCCACUGUUCUCUCGUCUACUACUGCCCGUGAUCCAGUUUUCGUUGUUUGGAGGAGCAUCUUACGUCGCUCUCACUCGAGUUUCGGAUUACAAGCACCAUUGGUCGGACGUUCUUGUUGGUGCACUUAUUGGAAGUGCAAUAGGCAUUUUCACGGCUCUUUAUGUGGCUGAAGUCUUCAAGCGACGUGAAAUUCCGGCUUGUGUAUUGGGAUCGGAUGAGUUUGGUUUGAUAAGGAUGGAAAAGCGCUCAGACGUAGUCCCUCCAGCGGUAACGACGGCCACACAUUCCAUCACUGUGACUAAUGAGCAAGAUCCAUCAUCGAAUCAGCGACUCGACAGUACAUCGUCGGCAUCACGAUCCAGAUGA